CUCCCACCCCUUGGCCAAGCAAUGAAACAAAACUCUCUCAUUUUUCUCACUUUCUCUAAUCUUUUCGGUAUAUGUCUUUGACUUGGACUAAUCGUUCCCACACGCAAAUCUUCUGCAAUAAUAGCAGAAGCCCUUUUCUUAGCAUUAAGACUCCACACCUACAACAUCUAAACCGACACACACACUUGGUUUCUAAGUUGCAGCACCUCCACCUCGGCGAUGACCCUACUACGCCACCGUCACCACUUCUUAUCAACACUCACAUUCUUCACUUUUCUUUUAUUUUUAUCUGCCCCAGCUACCACACUCUCCCAACUAGGUAGUGGAGCACUUCAGCAGGGAGGGGAGGGGAGGGGAAAGGGGGGUGGGCUAAGGGCUUUUCAGCGAGUUCUGACUCAGAAGCGACUCAGUGGACCAGGUUCUUCACCACCCUCAUGUAGAUCCAAGUGUGGAAAGUGCUCGCCAUGUAAAGCAGUUCACGUGGCAAUUCAACCUGGUUUGAGUAUGCCAUUAGAGUAUUAUCCAGAGGCUUGGAGAUGUAAGUGUGGCAACGAGCUUUUUAUGCCUUAAAGAUAAAAGCAAGAAAGUACAAAGUAAAAUCAAAUACAACGGAAGAAAUGACUCUCUUUUGUUAUGUUACUAUCUUAGUAACGUAGCUCCCAUUGGCUGGCUAUGGAGGUGGGUGCUUUUAUGUGUUUAUAUUAUGAUUUUGCCCAUUGGACAGGGAGCUUUGGGAAUGAAAGUUGUUGUGGGGUUGAGAUUGCCAAGAGGGAUCUUUUACUCUUGCUCUCUCUCUUGUUAAUUAA